AUGUCUUCAAAGACAAGCAAGCUCGACGCAUCAGGCGAUCCAUUGAUCGCAUUGUUCAAGUCCAUUGGCCUCAAUCAAGCCAAAGCAGCGGAGGCGGCCAAAUCACCCAAGGCUGCUGCCAUCUUGAAGGACACCAUAGAGAAGCACUCUUUAGCUACCGCGUCCCUCGAUGAGAAGCAAGCUUCUCUAUUUGCCGCGCUUGCAAGCGCGAUAUCCAAGGCAUCGGAUGUUGGGGAGCAAGAAACAUCCUAUAUCGUUGCUCGCAUUCUUGACGGCAAGCUCAAGAGCGUUGAUCAAGUUUCCGUUGCUGUGAAGUAUAUUGAAUCGCAUCGUGUGCCAAUAGAUGAUGUGGGUUUCGACGCUCAGUGUGGUGUUGGAUUCACCAUCACCUCGGAAGAAUUGCUCGUCCAGGUUAACGAACAUAUCACUUCGAACGCGAUUGCAGGAUGGGACAAAUUAGGCUCGGUCAUUACAUCCAUCCGAAAUUCGCCAUCAUUGCGUUGGGCCAACCCUUUGGAUAUCAAGAAUGCCGUUGAGACCGCGUUCAAUGAUACAUUCGGGCCAAAGCAGGCGGGGAAGCCUAAGACUAAGGAGCCGAAAGCGGUCAAGAAAGAAUCCUCAGCCGCUUCUGCUCAACCUUCAACUUCACGCAAGUCUGUCUUCGAAGAAGGAUUUCUAGGACAGCUACAUAGGCCUGGAGGAAACCCUCAGAUCCAUCCCCACCUCCGUGAAGCUCAUUUGGCCACGACUGGCGGACAAGUAUGGACACGGUUUCCCCCCGAACCCAACGGAUACCUCCAUAUUGGACAUUCCAAGGCAAUCUUUGUGAACUUUGGUUAUGCUGCUCACAACGGUGGCAAAUGCUACCUCCGCUAUGAUGACACUAACCCAGAGAAAGAAGAAGCCCGUUAUUUCGAAAGCAUCCUCGAGAUGGUACGAUGGCUAGGUUUUGAACCUUGGAAGAUCACCUACUCCAGCGAUUAUUUCGACAAACUGUAUGAAUUAGCCAUUGAGCUCAUCAAACGCGACAAGGCUUACGUCUGCCACUGUACUCAGGAGCAAAUCAAAGCUGACCGUGGAGAAAAGCGUGGACAACCCCGACCAUGCAUACACCGUGAUCGCCCUGUCAGCGAAUCCCUCGCCGAAUUCGUAAAUAUGAAGGAUGGUAAAUAUCGGCCCAAAGAAGCCAAUCUCCGUAUGAAGCAAGAUCUAGAGGAUGGUAAUCCCCAGAUGUGGGAUUUGACUGCAUAUCGUGUGUUGGACGCGUCGCACCACCGAACCGGAGAUAAAUGGAAGAUCUAUCCAACGUACGAUUACACCCAUUGUUUGGUUGAUAGUUUCGAAAAUAUCUCCCACUCGCUAUGUACAACCGAGUUCGUCUCCUCGCGUCAAUCUUAUGAAUGGCUUUGCGACGCCCUCGAAUUGUAUAAGCCUAGGCAGUCGGAGUACGGGCGGCUCAGCUUGGAAGGGGCAAUCAUGUCGAAGCGGAAGAUUUUGGCUCUCGUUGAAGAGGGUUACGUUGAUGGAUGGGAUGAUCCACGGCUCUAUACACUCAUCGCCUUGCGUCGUCGUGGUGUACCACCUGGUGCCAUCAUCUCUUUCGUCAGCACCCUGGGCGUAUCUACCGCUGUAACAAGCAUCGAAGUGGCCCGCUUUGAACAUGCCGUCCGCCAAUAUCUAGAAUCAACAGCGCCAAGGCUCCUCAUGGUAAUGCGUCCCCUCAAAGUCACGAUCGAGAAUUUACCGGAAGAUUACCUCUUGACGAUAGAGAAACCUCUUCACCCCAAGGUCCCUGAGUUAGGGACUACAUCGGUUCCCUUCACUCGAACUAUCUACAUCGACGCGGACGAUUUCCGGUUAGAAGAUUCUAAAGAUUACUUCCGCCUCGCACCAGGCAAGACGGUCGGACUGUUCCAGGCCCCUUACCCCAUCACAUGCACUUCAUACAAGACAGACCCAUCCACGGGAGAGAUCGUCGAGCUUCUGUGCAAACUAGAGAACGAAGGGCCUCCAAAAAAGCCGAAGGCAUUUAUUCAGUGGGUCGCGGAGCACCCUCCCUCAGGUAGCCCAGUACGCAUUGACGAGACACGGGUAUUCCACCGUCUCUUCAAAAGCGACAACCCACCCGCAGAUUUCAGAUCAGAUAUCAAUCCCGACAGCUUGGAGGUCAUCAAGGGUGCCAUGGUAGAGGUUGGGUUUUGGCCGCUUUCCAAGCAAUUGAUGAAUGAAGCCCGACAUGAUGGCAAGGCCCGCACAGCAAAGGCGCUAGAAUCCAGCGCACCAGCAGCCGAUGAUGAAACACCACAUGCUACCAGCGAACAACUAGUUGGCAAAGAGUGUGUCCGGUUCCAGGGCCUCAGAGUAGCAUACUUUGCUCUGGACAAGGAUUCGCGGAUUGCCGCCCUGGAUAACGAUGUCGACGUCGAACCCUCCCGUGAGCAGGGUGACUACUUGGUGCUGAACAGAAUCGUUAGUCUCAAGGAAGAUUCAGGCAAGACAGCGUAG